AAUAGUGAAAUUGAAGAUGUAACAGUUGCUGUUUUGUAUUCGUUUGGAGUUCACAAAAUAUUAAAAAAUUUAAGAAGCAAAAUGCUGCUAAAUUUUGAACGUGGUUUAUUAAUUGGUGUGAUUAUUUUCAUUUUGAAAUUAUGCGAAUGUAGUACCGUGACUCAUGAAGAAGGAUCAAAAGUUCGCCGAAGUAUAAUUGACCCUUAUGCACCGCCACCGUUUGCUCCAUUCGGGGCAAUACCUCCAUUCGGAGCAUUUCCUCCAUUCGGUGGCCUACCACCUUUUGGAGGUUUCUUUCCACCGUUUCCACCACCUUUUCCUCCACCGCCAUUUCCACCUCCAUUUGGGGGAGCAUUUCCUCCGCCAUUAGGACCACCUUUACCUUUGGCACCACCGCCAGUUUUACCCUCGCCAUUUCCAUCACCUUUUCCAUUGCCGUUUUAUCCUCCAGGCCCACCAUUUGGAGCUCCUUUUGGUUAUCCAUUUCCUCCACCAGCUUAUCCAUAUCCAGCGCCAGCGCCGGCUCCAGCCCCACCACCGCCUCCUCCGCCACCUCCUGCUCCAGCGCCAAUUAUUCUGCCAGCUCACACUGCGGCCACAUUAAGUGUAGCUUCAUUGUUACAUGCUUUGAUUGCUAAGAAAUUCUAUCCACCUGUUGUACCAUUUCCUGUGCCCAGACCAGUACCAUUCCCCGUCACAGUUAAGGUACCUGUUCCUGUUCCCGUGGAGAAACCUCAUCACCAUGUCACCAUUUUAAAGCCCGCUAAUCAUAAUGAUGAACCCGUUAUUCAUGAAGAACCUUAUCACGAAAUGGAUAAUGAAUGGCAUUCUUCGCCACCAAAUGAUUGGAGUUCAUCUCCACCUGAUGACAUAAAUUCACAUUAAUAUCAAAACACAAUUGAAUAUUUUAAAGAUAUUUUUAUUUUUUCUAAUUAAUAUUUAUUUCAACGUUAUUCUUAUGUAUUUAUUCAAAAUAAAAGUAAAAUUUAAUUUAUUUAAAAAAACAUAUUUCUAAGAGCUUAUCGUGGACACAUGGCAUGUUUGCCACCAUCGAUUGGCACACAAGCACCAGUGAUGAAGCUAGCAUUACUGCUGCC